GAAACUAUCAACGGACUUGCGCAAUGACGGCUUAGACAUUUUUUCAUAAACUAGGACUAAAUCUAAACUCUUUCGAAAUGUCACAGGAGGAAGCCAACUCCUUCAGGAAUGAUGAAUUUCACAUACCAACCAUACCUAGUGAAGACUGGGAGAUGAAUGUAUUCCUGAAUGAGUUGGCUGACGAUCUGACUAAGGAAGAUCUAAAAAAGAUGAAAUACUUACUUACAGGAUUAAACGGAACUGGAAAAAGAGUACUUGAAGUAAUAAACGAUGGUCUUGAUCUUUUUGAACAUCUGAAGCAAAAACAAAUUCUUACCAGAGACAAUGUUGUCUGUCUGCAGGCAAUGUUGUGGCACACCAAGCGAAAGGACUUACACAAUAAGUUUGUUCAAUUUGCAAGGAAAAGAGGCAACGUUGUUCACUUUUAUGCCCCGAAUGACAAGCCAGAGAAUGGUUAUGAGUAUGUGAAAUUUCAUAUAGGUGGCAAAGAAAAAUUAGACCGAAACAAACUCGAGGAACUUCGAAUGCUUGUUAGUCGUGUUAUUUGUGUGCCACUAGAUUUUAUCAUUGUCAGUGGAAUAGAAGCAACAAACAGCAUUCUAAUUACGUUCAUGGUUCCAGAGGGAUACGCAACUAUUCUGGCUGAUCUAACGGAUAAAGAAAAAGAAUAUUUAGGUUGUAAAGGGGUUGAUGCAAUAUGGUACGAUGGAUGUCUAAUUAAUUGCAUAGACGUUAAGUGUCCCGAUGAGAAUGAGGAAAUUGACAAAGACGCAGAGGUAAAAAUUCUUCUGGACCAGAAAUCCAAACUCGAUAAAAAUGUUGAAGACCUGCAAAUUGAGGUAUUAAAACUUCAACAAAAGCUAAGAGGGAGUCAGAAAAGGGAAGACGACAUGCAGAAAAAUGCUCAGAACAGAAUAGCAACCAUUGCCGGUGUUCUUGUCCAACAAUUCGUUGGUGCCAUGCAUACUCCGGAGAAGAUGUCGCUCGAAAGUAUCGCUUUGAAGAAUGCAGUUAAACAAAUGAGACAUACCCUGAAAAAAAUGGAAGGUUUAGGAUAUGACACAGAAUUAAUUCAAUACUUGCUUGAUGCCAAUACAAUAGUUACGAGAACAAAGAUUGGAUCUGAUGAUGCAUUAGUUUCAACAAUUCAACAACAUGAAAUCACAAGACUCCAACACGAUUUGUGUGUUCUACAGUACGAACGCGAUAAACUUGCAUAUCUAUUAGAAGUUGGAAUUUCCGAACCCGUACUGACAAGAAAUGAGAGAUACCUUCUACAUUUCCUUACUUCGUUAUUCCCAAUGCAGGUUACGGAAACAGUGAAAGUUUCUGUCUCACAAACUAAAGAAAUGAAUAUUGACAUCUUGCAAAAUAUUCUGACUGGAAUUUUCAAGACAUGGCAAGAAACCCUUAGCAAAGAGGAGAAACUAAUCCUUUUUAACAAAUUCCUUCCAACCAGUGAAAGUAGAAAGGCUUUUAAAGAAUCGAAGCUUUUACUUUUAGAAUACUUGUGGCUCAAUUAUGCAAAAUCCAAUGGGCUCCAGUCUGCAAACUUUCAUUUGUGGAUGGUAAAUAUACUAGCAACUAUCAAAAGAAUGGAUCUCUGUGAAAGCUGGGCUUCAAAAGCGUCUGUUUUCAUAAAGGCGUUUACAAACGGAGAAAACCAAGAGGAUGAUGAUGUCACGUCCUUAAAUUCCACAUCAACAGUAGAAAAGAAGAGUUUUAAGAAGUCCCAACAUUCAAGCAAUGGGAAAAAGGGCAAACCAAACAAGCAAUCUGCAACACUCCCCAUAGAAGCACAGCCAAAUCGUUCAACAUUAGAAGAAUUUAAUGAAAGACUACAAAAUAUAGAAGAAAUAAUGGAUAGGAACACUAAGAUAACAGAAACCUUUGUGUUUAGUAAAUGGGACAAAAAUAGAAGCUUUGGGGGACAUGUAGCAGACAAUUCAUAUGAUAUGUCAAAGUUAUUUAACAGCAAACUUUUUAACAAAAUUUAACUCUGGUAUAUAAAUAUCUCUGAUUUGUACCAAACGUUUGAACUAUUUUUCAAAUUGAAGAAUCUUGAUUAAAUUGUUGUAAAUUUAAAGAUUGCAUGAGAUCAAUAUAUCCUACAUUUUAUAGAGAAUUUUGCCUUUUUCAACCUACUGCAUGUAUAAUGGGCAGUUGAUUCAUGUCCACCAAGGUCCCAUCAUAUCACAUAUUUAAAAAUACAAAUAAAACAGACUGGAAUAAUUACAUGGUUAACUACUUCAUUGUAAUUUCAAACUUUAUCAACAAAAUGUUAGUUAAAAAAAAAACAGUAAGUUAAAUCAAAAUGAUGGACAAGAUCAAACACAAGUCUUGACUAUCAUAUGCCAAUAUAGUAUUAUAUGGGCUAGAAAGGCAAAAUCAACUCAAACUGUAGUCACUAUUAGCCACAAUCAAUUUGAAAUCUUUAGAAACUCUUUUUAGUUUAAACUUACCAUUUACUGUAUCUGAAGAUACAACAUUAGAAUAAUACACUAUAUGAAAACAUUUGUUUAUUAGUCACAGAUAAGAUACAACAAAGUUUUAUUCAACAUAGCUUAAAUAAACAACAAUAUGUAUUGGUAAGUUUGAAUUUACAGCCAGACACAGAUCAAAGAUCUCAAGGGUAGAAUAAAAAAUAGUCAUACAUAACUUUUCGUAUAAUGUAUUUUUUUCAUUUGAAAAUUCUUUUGCUCUCGUACAUGAUUGAAAUUCAUAAGUUCUACUCAUUAAUUUGUUGUGUGUUCAAAUACAAUGUAGAAGUACAAUUAAAUUACUUCAAUGUUUUCACAGCUAUAAUGUAGAAGUACAUUUUAAUUACUUCAAUGUUUUCAUAGCUACAAUGUAGAAGUACAUUUUAAUUACUUCAAUGUUUUCAAUGCUACAAUGUAGAAGUACAUUUCAAUUACUUCAAUAUUUUAAAUGCUACAAUGUAGAAGUACAAUUAAAUUACUUCAAUAUUUUCAAAGCUUUAAUGUAGAAGUCUAUUUCAAUUACUUCAGUGUUAUCAUAGCUACAAUGUAGAAAUACAUUUCACUCACUUCAAUGUUUUCAUAGCUACAAUGUAGAAGUACAUUUCAAUUACUUCAAUGUUUUCAAUGCUACAAUGUAGAAGUACAAUUAAAUUACUUCAAUGUUUUCAAUGCUACAAUGUAGAAGUACAAUUAAAUUACUUCAAUGUUUUCAAUGCUACAAUGUAGAAGUACAAUUAAAUUACUUCAAUAUUUUCAUAGCUACAAUGUAGAAAUACAUUUCAAAUACUUCAAUGUUUUCAUAGCUUUAAUGUAGAAGUACAUUUCAAUUACUUCAGUGUUAUCAUAGCUUUAAUGUAGAAGUCUAUUUCAAUUACUUCAUUGUUAUCAAAGCUUCAAUGUUUUCAAUGCUACAAUGUAGAUGUCUAUUUCAAUUACUUCAAUGUUUUCAAUGCUACAAUGUAGAAGUACAUUUCAAUAACUUCAAUGUUUUCAAUGCUACAAUGUAGGAAGUCUAUUUCAAUUACUUCAAUGUUUUCAAUAUUACAAUGUAUAAGUACAUUUCAAUUACUUAAAUAUCUUCAAUACUACUUUGUCAUCGGUCUACUAUGGUUUAAUUUUAUGAAUGUCAACCAUUUAUAACAAAACCUCGACAAAAAAUGAUUUAUUUCAUAAAAGUUUAACAAUUAUGAAUGUAUGAAUUGAAAUAAAAAUUUACAAUUAAUUAAAAAGAAUAUCUAUUUAUCACAGAAAGAUAAUUUUUGAAACAACUGUUUGUGAUAAAACAAAAAAAUUUUGAUAGUUUUUAAACAGUAAUAAUAAAUCAAUUUAUAUUAUAUUCAAACUGUAUUUAAAAUUUAUAAUGCAUAGUCAUACUUUUUUAUAUGAUAACAGUGAAAGUCAAAAUGUUUGUUUUAAAGAAUAAUUCUUGUAAUGUUGUGUUGGAAACACGAUUGAUUUUUUUUUAAAAAGGUACAAUGAAUAAUUUUGAUCAGUUGUAAAACUUUUAGGAAACUAAUUACAUGUAAAAGACAUGUUUUUGUAGAUCUUUAAAGUGCAAGCUCACAAGGUAUCUGUGUGUAAGAAGACAUGUCGCACUACUCACGAAUUAAGACAAAUUAUUCUGCCUCCCAGCAAAAUAGUCUUUGCCCUUACUCAAAUGUCAAUCAUUUGGUUUGAUACAGAAGGAAUGCAAACAUUAGACCUCCCACACUACCAGGAGAUUACAGAGUCACUGCAUCAAUUAGUUUAUACCUUCAGUUUUACAACAAUACAGUUUUACUAUUUUUAAAUGUUAAAAUAUUAUUGAUCAUAAACUUCAACCAAAUUAACAUUCUAAAUAUUAACUAAGAAACUACCAGAGGUUUUAUGAUAGCAAGCUUGCCAUUAUUGUAGGGGGUCCUGGUUAAGAUCCCCAGAUGAGUUAUAAUUAAGAGUAAGAGCUAAGAUUGGUCUUAAUAAUAUAAGUUAUAUAGUUUGCUACUGACCCCAAAAGAAUCCAUAGUGUUAGUGAAAUUCAUAGGUCAGUGGUCUGUAGGGGGGUAGUUGCGAACCGUAUAACAAAUUUAUUGCACACAGGACCUUUUUUGCUGCGUUUUGUAGAAAAAUAAACAAUGAAACACAACAACAUUAAUAGAUGACAUCAUCAUUAACAGGUAGACAUGACGACAUGAACCCCAUAUGAAAUUUACCAAAUCCCCUCGUGGAUCACCAAGUGAAGGCAUUAAAACCAUCACAACGUCAUCAUUUACCCAUAGUGCGAUAAUGCGAUACUGUAUGUGAGUAGGAUCUGUCUUUCUGUUGACUGUUAUCUAGUAAGCUAGCUUUUUCAGUUUAUAUUUUGUUUGUGUCGUAUUAACAUAUCAUUGUUUUAAACAUGCAUGUAAUAUUUGCCCCUGAACAUUGAGUAACCAUUCAUCAUUCAAACAAGAAUUUAUGAAUUAAGUAAAGGAAUUACUCUAUCAACAAAGUGGUUAAAAAUGAGGUGUAAAAACUUCAUUCUAUUUUAUUAAGGUUAAUAGGGAUGCAAAUGUAUGAUCAUCUGAUAUAUAACAUUUAAGGUCAAUGUUAUUGAACACUCCUGAAUCAAUUUUGUACAACAGAUGAUCUUAAUAUCUAUGUAUGUCUCAGGUUGCCUAAAAUGGAAAUGAAAACAAUGGUCAAUCUAAAUAAAAGUUUUUAUACAUCAGAAAA